CGCCGCGACCCCAGCUGAGCCCGCGGCCCAGCCUUAAGCUCCCACCCCCGGGGGCUGGCAUGAGCGGCCCCUCGGCGGCGCCGGGGGUCGGAGGAGUCGCCCUCGCCUGAUCCCCGGCCUGCCGCCCUACCCCAUCUCGCCGACCGAGGCUGAUCGCCGAGCGUGCGGACGACCCCACCGCUGCUUUCUUCCUCCCCCAGAUCACGCUCUCCAGUCCCAGAAGAUGGGGAACUGCCUCAAAUCCCCCACCUCGGAUGACAUCUCCCUGCUUCACGAGUCUCAGUCUGACCGGGCCAGCUUUGGCGAGGGGACAGAGCCGGAUCAGGAGCCGCCGCCGCCAUAUCAGGAACAAGUUCCAGUUCCAGUCUAUCAUCCAACACCUAGCCAGACUCGGCUAGCAACUCAGCUGACUGAAGAAGAACAAAUUAGGAUAGCUCAAAGAAUAGGCCUUAUCCAGCAUCUGCCUAAAGGAGUUUAUGACCCUGGAAGAGAUGGAUCAGAAAAAAAGAUCCGAGAAUGUGUGAUCUGUAUGAUGGACUUUGUUUAUGGGGACCCAAUUCGAUUUCUGCCGUGCAUGCACAUCUAUCACCUGGACUGUAUAGAUGACUGGUUGAUGAGAUCCUUCACGUGCCCCUCCUGCAUGGAGCCAGUUGAUGCAGCACUGCUUUCAUCCUAUGAGACUAAUUGAGCCAGGGUCUCUCGUCUGACUUCAAGUGAACCAUCAUUUUUGGUGGUUUUGAUCUUUUGUCACUGAGCCCAAAGAGCCAGGGAUUAGGAAUUAAGAUCCUGCACAAAAGUUUCCUAAAAAUUCCUGGAUGGCUGCAGAUGUUGGGGGAAAGUACGUGAUAUUUUAGAAACUUAGGGGGAAAAGUAGGAUGGUAUUUUUGUGUAAAGCCUUGACCCAGUGUUUAAAAAUAUAAUUGUAUUUAGAUCUUGUUAUUGUUCCAGUACAUAGGAAUUGUGUAAAGUGUUACAGCAGCUGUAUAUGUUUAAAUUGUGUGUGUUGAAGAUUAGGAAAAAGAUAGUGGUUAUUUUUCCUAAAUGAAAUAACAUUCUUCUCCCUCUACCCCCCACCCAAAUUCUUUUCUGAAGUUGCUGGCAUUUGGGUCAAGGUUUUAUUAAAAGCUACAUUUUGUAACACUGGCACAAAAAAAGUAGUUUUAAGCUUGUUUGCACAGUUAUUUUUUUCCAUUGGAAAUGGAAUUCAUUGCCUUAGGUCUUUUUAAAUAGUGUAUUAUUAUCGUUGGGGCUGGCUCUAUGCUUGAAAACCAGUUUAUUUAUAACCUGUUAUAAGUGCUAUAUUCUGUUUGCAGUUAGGAAAUGCAGAAUUCAAAGUGAUCUCCUAGCUUGUAAGCAAACUGAGAUGCACUAUCCCUUUUCUAUAAAAAGAUUAAUUAAUGUGUCAAGAAACCAACUCUAGUGAAGUGAGGUUUAAUAUUACCCUCUCCUAUGUGUUUUAUCUAAUUAUUUUGGUUGUUAAUAUGGUGAUAAUUGAAGGUCCAGGUAAAUUUUAAAUGUUAAGAAUUCUGAUUUAUUGAACUUGAGUUAUGCCACCAUGUUUAUGUAACAAUGGAAGUGACAUCAUGGUGAAAUUUAACAAGAAGGAAUUUCUCCGUUGUAGUAACUUUGGUUUAUUCUUUCCUGUGACCUCCUUCCUUCUUGUCUUGAACCAUAGCAAAAGGAUACUGCAUCUCUCGUUACUGUAGUGCUGAGGUUAUUGAAGUUAUAUAAAACACGUCUCAGUCUCUGUUUCUUGGAAAGGUAUCUGUUAAGUCCUGCUAGCUGACUGACAAGACUAAGCAGGGAGAAUAAAGAAAUGUGUUUCAUAUUUUGCACACAAAUGCAGGAUUUAUAUAACCACAUGACUUCCUAGUUGUGAUCUCAAAAAAGAAGGAAUUACUCCUUUUCUCUUGCAAUUAAUGUAAGAAUACUUUAAAUCUCCAAGCUUCUGAAGUGUUAGAGGUAGAGAUGGUCUAGUAAAGAUGUAGUGGUCAUGUUUUAUCCAGUUAGCAUGUGUUUAUUUUUUUAUAUACUCAGAGGUGACUUAUUUGUUUCACUCAGUGAUAUUAGAGCUGAAAAUCAUUCAUUAAGCAGAAGGAGAAGCUGUCUCAACCUAACAAAUCAGAAGUGUUUCUUCUUCUUAUUUUAUAUUGAGUUGAAUAUUUGACUCUUAACACUUUUCUACGUACAAAACACAAGUAUUGCAAAGGUUCUUCAUAAUUGCAUUGUAGAGGAACUUAGUAUGUCAUAAGUACUUUGUAAAGAUUUGACAUUCAACUGUAGUAUCCGUAUGUUGCUUAAUUUCCUUAUGAGUCCCAUGGUAGAAAGAUUUAAGGAUGAAAUUGAGAAAAAUGGAAAGAAACUAGAUGAUUAGGUUGUGUAAAAUUGUUACAUGUAUCUUGCUUAAACUUCUGUUCAUUAAUUUAUAUCCACCCAAUUACAUAAAGCAAAUUUUGAGGAAACAACUGAAGUUGUGCAAUAUUUUCAGUGAUAAUUGCUUUUUUAUUCUUGUGUUUUCUACUUAAACAUAAUGUCUAUGUCAUCAGUUCUAGUCAGACUUUUUUUUCUAGAUUGUCAAAAUUGGUAAAUGAACUUUUUAUAUCGUCUUCCAUGUUGCAGUUAGUCUUUCUUUAUGACAAGGCUUCUUUCACAGAAGUUUGAUAUUGAAGGAAGCAGCAUUGACAGAAAGCUUUGCUUUUAGGCACUUUGUAUUCUUUAACAUUGUUCUUUACAUACUAUGUUAAGAACCACCAAUUUUGGGUUUUACUGAGUUGUUAAAUAAAGUUAUGAUACAGCUGUGAA